CUCGCGUACCUGAUCUCGUGGCUCGGCCGGGAUGGCGCGAGCUUGAGGCGAACGCUUAGGGCUCUCUAUUUCACCCGGCAAAUUUCUACGUGGUGCAUCUUGAUCUGGAGGCGUCGGCAGUGGAGAGAUUGGAGGUGGCCGUGGAGAUUAGGGCGGACCCCACUUACAAGAGAUUUGGGAAUGUUAGGGUUGUGAAGAAGGCUAAUUUGGUUACGUAUAGGGGGCCUACGAUGGUUGCUAACACGCUGCAUGCGGCGGCGAUCUUGAUCAAGGAGGGAGGGGAUUGGGAUUGGUUCAUUAAUCUCAGUGCUUCGGAUUACCCGCUUGUGACCCAGGAUGAUAUUCUCUAUACAUUGGCAACUCUACCUAGAGAACUGAACUUUAUCGAGCACACGAGCGAUAUAGGAUGGAAAGAGUUCCAGAGGGCCAGACCUGUUAUCAUAGAUCCUGGGCUAUAUAGCUUGAAGAAAUCCGACGUAUUUUGGGUUACAGAAAAAAGGAGCGUACCCUCUGCAUUCAAGCUCUUUACAGGCUCUGCAUGGAUGAUGCUUUCUCAUCAGUUCAUCGAAUACUGCAUCUGGGGAUGGGACAACCUCCCCCGAACUGUCCUGAUGUACUACUCUAACUUUCUCUCCUCCCCUGAAGGCUACUUCCACACCGUCAUCUGCAAUGCUCCUGAGUUCAAAAACACCACCGUCAACCACGACCUCCACUUCAUCUCCUGGGACAACCCUCCGAAGCAACAUCCCCAUUUCCUAACCCUCGAUGACUUCUCAAAGAUGGUCAAUAGCAACACACCGUUUGCGAGGAAAUUCGUAAGAGAUAACCCCGCUCUCCUUGAUAAGAUUGAUAAAGAACUUCUCGGUCGAGAAGCCAAUGGUUUUGUUCCUGGUGGUUGGACAAAUAGUAUUGAAGCUAAUUUGAGUGAUCCAAAGGAGUUUGUGAAGGAUUUGAAGCAACUUAGGCCUGGACCUGGGGCUGAGAGGUUGAAACGUUUGAUUUCAGGUUUGAUUUCGGCUGAGGGGUUCGAUAAGAAGCAUUGCAUAUGAUUUUUGUACAUUGUGUUACCACGGAGAAUGUGAGUUUUUUUUUUGUACAAUUCGGAGUGGUGCUCACCGUAUUCUGGUGUAAAGAAGUUCUCUGGCCUGCUGCUGCUGCUGUUUUAGUUGCAAGUCUGAGUUCGGAUCAGCAGAAUGAAUAAGUGCAUGUUGUUAACAAUAUGUAUUUAUAUUCACACUGUAGGCAUCUUUGAUUGACCUUAGAUUUUGUCUAGGAGGAAGUGCGUGUAUGUGGGUGGGUGAGGUAUUACAUUGUUAUAUUUAUUUACGAUAUAUGAUCAAAUAUGCAGCUCUUCACGAUCAA